CUUAUCAUACUGUGUAUGUGUGUUUUUCCCAGAACCUCCUCCCUGCCCCCUCUCGACUGGCCCCUGCCCAGCCAGUUUGGCCAGUAUGAGCUGAAGAUCGAUGUGCACCCCAAAACCCACCACCGGGCCCACUACGAGACCGAGGGCAGCAGGGGAGCCGUCAAGGCCGUCUCCGGAGGUCACCCCGUCGUCAAGCUGGUUGGCUACAGCGAGAAGCCUGUCAACCUGCAGAUGUUCAUCGGGACAGCGGACGACCGCUACCUAAGACCGCACGCCUUUUACCAGGUGCACCGGAUCACAGGGAAAACAGUUGCCACCGCCAGCCAGGAAAUCAUCAUCUCCAGCACAAAAGUUCUUGAAAUUCCUCUCCUACCAGAAAACAAUAUGUUGGCCAGUAUUGACUGUGCUGGAAUACUGAAGCUCCGGAACUCUGACAUUGAGCUCCGCAAGGGAGAAACAGACAUCGGGCGGAAGAACACUCGUGUUCGGGUGGUGUUCCGCGUGCACAUCCCCCAGCCCAACGGGAAGGUGCUGUCUCUGCAGGCUUCCUCCGUCCCUGUCGAGUGCUCUCAGCGCUCAGCCCAGGAGCUUCCCCAGGUGGAGAAGUCCAACUUGACCAGCUGCCUUGUCAGUGGGGGAGAGGAGAUGGUCAUCACCGGCUCCAACUUCUUCCCAGAGUCAAAGGUCAUCUUCCUGGAGAAAGGCCCCGAUGGAAGACCACAGUGGGAAGUUGAGGCCAAGAUCAUUCGUGAAAAAAGUCAAGGAUCCAGCAUCGUGGUGGAGGUCCCACCCUACCACAGCAAGACGGUGACCUCGUCCGUGCAGGUGCAGUUCUACGUGUGCAACGGGAAGCGCAAGCGGAGCCAAUCGCAUCGCUUCACCUUUCUGUCAGUCCUGGUAAAGCAGGAGCUCAGAGAAGAUAUGGACGCCCCUGCUGUGCCCCCCAUGUCCAUGUCCAUGCCCCAUCCUGCCAGCCUUGUCCGCACCCAGCUGCCUUCCCCUGAGCAAGGACACCCGCCGGACAGCCUUCUGUCCAGCUCCCCUCGCGGCCUGGCCCCAGGCCCCGGCCCCAACCUGCUCCCCCUGCAGUCCUCUUGCCCCCCCAUGGGCUCCCCAUCCUUCCAGCACCUGCCCCACCUCCAGGGCCGCAGCCUCCACACGCCUCCAGACUGUCACAUGACAUUUCAACCCGGCUCCUCCGCCCCUCCCCCCAGACCCGCCUACCAGCCUAUGCACAGCCACGUCCACGGGCACAACAUGCCCUACAACGGUCAACCCAGUCUUCCCAUGAACACCGGGGCCCCCCAGGGCUACGAGAGGAUGCCUUUCCAACAGGACCCUCCCCCCCCUCACCCAAUGGGGCUGAGUAUGGUGUACCAUCCCCCUCCCUCCUCCAACUCCCCCACCGCUCCCAGCCCAAACCCCAACAGCACACCAAGCCAGCCUCUGACCCACUCGUCCCCUCACCUGCACACACUGGGCUACCACUGCCCCAACCCGGCCCAGGUUCCCUCCCCCAGCCACCCCCUGGGACAGCCCUCCCCUCAGCUGCAGCGCGCCAUGGGUUACCACCCCGUUGGGAAGAGGUCCGCCUCCUGCCCCACCCCAUCCAGCGCCCCACCCAGAAUGGUGCCCUCGCCCCACUCCGGCCCAUCCUCCCCCCAGCUCCACCAGCUGCCCUACCAGUCACCCACCUCGCCCUCCCCCACGGGCAGCCCCCUGGGGCCGCUGCAGCGCUCGGGCCAGCCCUCCCCCCAGGCCAGCAGCCCGGUCAUGACCAGCCUGUCUCCAGUAGGGCCCCUGGGGCACCCCCCCCUGGCCUCCCAGGGCCCCUUUCCUUCUCCGGAGGAGGAGGAGAACCUGAACAUCAAGCAAGAGCCAGAAGAGAGGGAGCCCACGUUCCGCUCCAUAGGGCUGCAGGACAUCACUCUGGAUGAUGUGAAUGAGAUCAUCGGCCGGGACAUGUCCCAGACUCCAGGUGCACACGCUCAGUCAGCAGCACACAACCAUUCAUAGCCCAGACUACUGCCAGGCCUCCACACGCCCUGCUACUCCCAGCCCCAGCCCCCAGCUCCCAGCUCCAUCCACAGCCCUGCUCCCUGCCCCUGCCUCCCCAGGACAGGGCAAGGCAGGCCAGAGAGAGACUCUGUGCUGAGAGGCCUCCUCUACACCUCCUGGACCUGCCCGGACACUCCUAAUCAACCCCCCUAGUAUUGCAACACACACACUACUCCUUGUGCACAAGUACACCACAGGCCAACACGCGCGCAUGACUCUCACACCCACAGGCAUGACACAUCUCCCAGGCACAGUUGCACCCGUGUUGAGGCUAACAGUGCACACGUGCGGGUUGCAGGGCUGAAAGCCCGCUCUGCAGGUCGCGUCCAGCAGUGCAAGUGCCCCAGUCAGGUGAGGCAGGGACGCGGCGAGACAUUGCUCGCCCGCUCUCCACAGGUUACUCUUCAGGCCCAGUGAGAAGAUCUUUGGUUCAGAAACUGACCCCCUCCACUCAAGCAGGUUCUAUGCAGCGGAACAGAUCUGAUUGGCUCAUGCCAACGUGGCUGCCUCCAAUGACAGUGACGUUCACACCGUGCGCUAGAAACUGCAUCUUGCUUUUUUUUCUAUUGGCCCGGGUGUCAGUCGGGACAGGAUAGUAGGGUGAAGCAGCCUGUUCACACAGCGAUGUGUGUUCUCAUCCUGCCACCAGCAUAGGCCCUCGUGUGUGUUCCCUCUGAAGCUCAGUUGGGCUGGAGAGUGUUCUCCUCUGUAACACUGCCCCCUGGUCUCAGGUCUGGAGGUACAUGUGUGUGCGUGCGUGUGUGUGUGUGUGUGUGUGCGUGUGUGAUUUACCCGUUUCCACGAUGCUGGACAGGAUCUGUAAUAUGCAACAUUCCACACUUCUAGUGUACUUCCAGCCUUGUAGAUAUCUGUACAUUAUUGCUCCCCCCCCCUUCCUCCUUUUCAGGUUGAACAAAUGCCUUAUUAACACAUAGCAGCUUUGAAUAACAGCAAGAGCUUUUGUUUGUUUUGCACAGCUGACGUUCUCGCUGAAUGAGGUUGACUCUUGCAUUGUAGUAAUAUAGAUUUAUGAGUGGGUCGGUGGAAGUGAUUUCAAACGAAUGUGACUUUGAAACAUAAUUUUUGGAAAUGGGUGGCUAGAUCACUCGUCUGUGUGCGGUUGAGCAGGACAGGUGGUGUUGCGGCUGAACGACGGCGUCUGAAUGAUCCACAGAGGCAGACUUGCCGAGUUCCUCUGCGCUCUGUCACGCAAUAAGUCACCUGAUCUCCAGGGAUCCCCUGUGUGCCUUCCACUCAUACCUGGCUGCUAUGGCAGCUUGGUCCAUGUUCUAUUGGAUCUAUGAUAACUGUGCACAUUGGAACUGUAGAAAAAUAUAUUUUAUAUAUAGGCCUUUAUAUAUAUAUAUAGUCCACUGUAUUUGUGUAAAGUCAGGACCCCACACUCCAAACAACAAAGUCCAUGAUAGUUCUAAGGACACUGCCGAAUGAGGGUGGUUCUGCCACCAGCUCCGUGACAAUCACUGGUCAGUGUCUUCACUUGGGUCAGUCUUUCAUCCAGUCACCUACAACCUGGUGUAUAAUAUUUGUGAUUCUCUUUUCUAAUAAACUGAAAAGGUCCCCUUUGGGAGAUAUGCACAGUGGAAUGGAUGGAAUUCUCACAGCAAUAACAACAACUAUAAAUGCAUAUUACAGUACAAUUUGAGUAUUAUAGAAACAUUUUCCAAAGAAUCGGUAAAGACUGAGUGUUUCAAGGUCUUUUAGAGGAUGUGGAGCCUAAUUCUGAAUGAUAGAGGGAUGGAUGGAUGGCACAGAAAAGAGAAAUACGUUUUUGGGUUAAAUUGGCCUGCAAAAAAAAAGGAAAAAAAAGAAAAUAGAUGACCACUCUAUGAAAAAUGUCUUUGGCUGUUUGCCUUAAUGAGUUGUCUUUGACUGGCGCUUUUGCAUGUUUUUUGUUGUUUUUUUCUGAGGGGGGCGUUUAGGAAAGUUUUGUCAGUCAUGCCCAGGUGGAAACAAGACUAAUCCUGCUAUGCACUAAAACCCUGUGUGAUGCCUUUAAAAACCCCAAAAAUAUAAAACAGAAAAAAGAAAACCUUGAUGCCUGUAGUUGUAGACGGCUUAGAUGCUUUGAUCGAAUGCUCUAGAUAAGCACACCAGAUUUAUUCUUUCUGUAUAAAAAGUCAGUGAAUUUGUCUUGUAAAGGACACAGUGCAAGCGUCUUAAUAGUAUAGUGUGUGCUUGUGUGUAUGUGUGUUUGUACCCAAUAAAUUGUACAUAAGCAAGUCCUAACUGGCUUUCAACAACAAAAAAGCACACAGUUGCAUUAGGCUAUGCAAACCACAACAUGACGAUGGGACAUUUGGCAUCAAAUACAAAUGACGGAUUUGUAAUGUGUUUGUUUUCCCUCUCAUGAACUUUGUCACUUGUUGAACGGUUUCAAAUAGAUGAAAUAGAUGUCACGACUUUGUAAACUGUAGCAAUGCCUUAACUCAUGUUCAAAUACCAAUUGUUGGUUGUCUGUACGCUCUUCCGUGUUGAUUUAGGAAGAACCUUUGGGUAAUUUUUGGACAGGACGUUAGCUGGGUGGCUGGUUAUGGGGCUGGGAAGACACUGCUAAUACUGACCCAGAUGUCCUCUUCUGUCAAACCAAAGACCGAUCAAUUAUGUUCCCAUUUUACAUACAGGUACAGCGACACAGAAGUAGAACUCUAUUUUUGAUACUUUGAAAUGGAUGUCAUUCCUAAAGGUUGGGGACAUAUAUAUAUAUAUAAAUAUAUAUAAAAUAAUGUUUUGUAAAAUAAAGGGAAAUACAGGUUUAGCUGAUGUUUACAGAGCCUUGUCAUUUCAUGUACAUUUUGUAUUUUAACAUUUUGUAAUUUCUAAGACUGCAGUGCUUUUUGAACUUAUUCAAAGGUAAUACCUUGCCUCCUAGGAUCUUUAGUAGUGGAUGAAUAAAAAGAAAAAUAUACAA